CAGAACUAGAAGUCUAGAAAGACCCUGUAGAUUUAUGAUUUGAGUGUGGAUAAGAUAGUGUAGUUUGGUUGUAUGGAAAUGCAACCUAGAUUGAUCAAACAACACAGCAUACUUCAAAAUCAAGCUCAAAACACACUCCAAUGGCAGCAUUCUAUCCAGUUGGAACAUUUUGCAUAAACCCUAAUUCCCUCAAUUCGCUUUCCAUAAACCCUAAAUCACAUCGUCCACAACAUAUCCCCCUCAAAACUCCAUUAUCAGUCAACGCAACAUCUUCUUCAUCAUCAUCUUCCACUUCGUAUAAUAAACCUCAAGACACGAGCGACGAAGCAAUGACGAUUGAAGCCUUAAGGCGCUUCAUCAGACUCAAUUUGGGGAACUGGACCGGUUCUUUUCACCAAUUUGAUCCAAAGGGGAAGUUGUUGCAUAAGAUUGAUACUAGGCUCUCUGCUGGAUCUUAUGGUGAAAAUGAUUUGAUUAGUUUGAUUCAAACGUUGUAUAUCAAACAAUGUUCCUCAAGUUAUUCGGCUUCUGGAGGUGAUGAGGAAGCCGAAUGGGCAGAGUACAAGAUUAAAGAAACGAAUAUGUUUACUGCGGAUAAAUAUCAGCAGAUUGGAUUCUUUCCGCAAGAGAAAGCGUUUGCGUUAAGGUAUCAGACAGCUGGUAUGUUAGAGACGGUGUUAAGGGAAGGAGUGUUGGGUGAAGACGACAUUGGAGAGGAAUCGCCAAAAAACCUAAAGAUUCCUUCGAAAUUACCUUCUAUUGUAUGCGAGUGUUGCCUUUAUUCACUAGAGAAAGAUUUGAGAGCAAGAGCAUUCCAUAUAAUGGAUCCAAAAGGUUUUGUCGAAAUGCUUAUCCUUUUUCUUGAAGAAAAAGGUGUUGGAAUUGUUACAGCUCCCUUCCUUGAUGAUGAUUCUAAGGAUGAUGCAAGCCGGAUGACUCCCCACCUUGGCACGUGGAAAGGUCACUCUGUAACAAAGCGUAGCGGUGUUUAUGGCGCAACCGAAUCUGAAGCUGACACAGUGACAUCACUCGGUUUUGAUGACAACGGUCAACUAAUCCAGAAUCAAACUUCGACAUACAAGGGGAAAAAAGCAACCUCAAAUGUGCGUUGGACGGGGAGCAUAUCGGAUAACCUGGUGACCUAUGAUGGUGGUUACCAGAUAACGUUACUACCUGGAGGUAUGUACAUGGGGUGCCCGUGUGAUGUAGGAAAGCAUGUGGCUGAAACCAAGUCUUUCCAUUUGGAAUUCUGUUGGCUCGAGUCACCUACAAAAAGGCAGAGACUGGUUCGCACUUAUGACGUGGAUGGCUUAGCCGUCUCAACAACUUACUUUCUCGAGACCAAAGUAUGAGUCGUUUCAAGCGUUUUUAUUACACUUUUGUUGGUUGAUGUUGUAUCACUUUGUAGCUUUUACCUCUUCACCUUUUAGCUAUUUUCAUGCUCUCAGAUGUUUUUAGAAAAAAAGGGUAAAUGUUGUUUGAUACUAAAAUCCACUUCUAUAUUUUAUAAAUAAUGUUAUAUUCCUAUUA